CACAGAUGCAUCUACUCGCUUUCCAACAUGGCGGCCGCUGGCACGUAGGAGCUUGUUUUUCAGGAUAACCUAACGGAUUAUCGUCAUUUAAGGAUCACCUGCGAGCUGCUUGGUUUCCAGAACCAUCACUACAGCGUCAGUGGGAUCCCGCACCUCGAUAUACUUGGCUUUCACGAGUUUCCGGGAGAUGUAUCGUCGCGGAGCCGCCAAGAAAGACCCCAACAACAAGCCUGCGAAGAAGGACGUGAGUGACAGUGAUAAAUACGCCGACCUCUUGGUGUUCGGCUACGCCUGCAAAGUGUUCCGAGACGACGACAGGGCUCUGUACCACGAACAUGGAAAACAGCUCAUCCCGUGGAUGGGGGACAAGAGCAUCACGAUUGAUAGAUACGAUGGGCGUGGUCACUUACAUGAUCUUUCAGAGUAUGACAGCGGGUCAUGGAAUACGUCCUACCAGCUAUCAGAGGAGGAGGCCAGGAUCGAGGCGCUGUGCGAUGAGGAGAGGUACCUGGCUCUGCACACAGACCUGUUGGAAGAAGAGGCCAGACAAGGUGGGCAAAAAGAGGCAGAGCCUGAGGAGAGCGAGGAACCGUUUGUAGCUCCCCCGGGGCUCGCUAUCCCUCCUGAUGUGGAACUGCCGGCAACCAUUAAGACCCAUAAUAUCAUCGAAAGGACGGCCAACUACGUGUGUCAGCAGGGUGCUCAGUUUGAGAUAGUGCUGAAAGCGAAGCAGUCCGGUAACUCCCAGUUUGACUUUCUCCGUUUUGACCAUUACCUGAACCCUUAUUACAAACACAUCUUGCGGGCCAUGAAGGAAGGGCGAUACAACCUUGUCUCUGCCAACAAACAAGAGCAGCAGCAGGAGUCAAACUCCGACGACUCGGAUGAUGAUGGGGAUGGCAGUUACCUUCAUCCUAGCCUGUUUGCCCCUAAGAAGUGCUCUCGUCUGGAGGAGCUGGUGAAGCCUCUUAAAGUCAUGGACCCGGACCAUCCUCUGGCCGCACUUAUAAGAAAAGCCCAGCAAGAAAGAAAUGGCACUGCAGCAGUGGCAGCCAAACCAGAGGAAGUAGCUGACACGGCUGCACCCACCACACAAGCACACUACACAGCUGACCCAAUGUACUAUGGGUACUACAUGCUUCCUGAUGGAACAUUCUGCCUGGCCCCACCACCCCCAGGGAUUGAUGCAACCGCCUACUAUAACAGCAUGCCCUCAGCUGCAGUGACUGCUCCGCCCACGUCUUCUGGAGCUGUGGCUCAGUUGGCCACAACACCCACCCCUCCAGAAACUGUCACUGUGGCACCACCAGCCACAGCCUCCUCUCAGGUCACCAGCUCUUCUGCUCCACCAAGUGCACCAGAAACCAGUUCAAAAGAUGAAGCUCCAGUGUCCACACCAGCACCACAAGCCAUCAUCCCCCCACCACCUGACACCCAGCCAGUCAUAGACAAGCUGGCUGAGUAUGUUGCUAGAAACGGUCUUAAGUUUGAGGCCAGUGUCCGUGCCAAGAACGAUCCACGGUUUGACUUUCUGCAGUCUUGGAAUCAGUACAACAGCUAUUAUGAGUUUAAGAAGAAUUACUUCAUGCAGAAGGAAGGAAGAAGCAUAGCAGAGAGUGAGACAGCAGAUGAUGAUGAUGAUGAUAAGUCAGACAAGUCACUCAAGGACUCAAUGCUAAAUAAAGCCUCCUUUGCCCCAAUCUGUUUUGCCAUCAAGGCUAAGGAAAAUGAUUUGCUGCCACUGGAGAAGAACAGAGUUCGACUGGACGACGACUCGGACGAGGACAAGUUGCUGGAUGAGGAGGGACUGGAGGCCAUGUUGGGUGGAGCUGAGAUGAUCGACAAGGAGCCUCCUCCAAUCAGUGCACCAGAGGAGAAGAAACCCUCUCUCAGUUUAGAAGAGUUGGAGGCAAAACAAGCCAAGCAGAAACUGGAGGAUCGUCUAGCAGCUGCAGCCAGAGAGAAGCUGGCCCAGGCGUCUAAGGAGUCCAAAGAGAAACAGCUACAGGCGGAGAGGAAGAGGAAAGCAGCGCUCUUCCUACAGACCCUCCGCGGCCCCUACGCUGGAGAGCCCGAGGCCAAGAGAGCUGAGCUCGACUCAUCAACACAGCUUGAGAUGCAAGAAGCCCUUUCUGUUCUGUCUGACCUUGCGCUGCCUCAUAUUUCCUCCGCAACGCCUGCGUAUCUUCAGGAUCAAAAACCUCCCACGGAGAUCCAAGGAGCCUAUCGCAGCAGGGAGGCGCCAACCUCCUCAUCCUCCUAUAGAGGAUCAGACCGAGACAAGGAUAGGGACAGAGACAGAGACAGAGAUAGAGACAGAGAUAGGGACAGGGACAGAGAGAGGGAAAGGGACAGGGACAGAGAGAGGGAAAGGGAUAGGGACAGAGAAAGGGAAAGGGAUCGAGACAGGAAUAGAGAUAGAGACAGGAACAAAGGCAGGGACAAAGAGAAAAAGAAGAAAAAACACAAGAGGAGGUCAAGGUCGAGGUCGAAGAACAGACAUGCCCUCCCCACUGCCUACAGGAAAGGCCGCCGGUCCCGGUCCCGUUCACACUCCCCGGGUAGAAAAGAGAGGAAGGGCAGCUCAUCAGAGAGGAGACGUGAAGAGAAGGAGCGGGACCGCUAUCAUCCCAGCAGCAGCAGCUCCAAUGUACCCAGGGGGCAUUCAAAAUCCAGGUCCCCGUCUGAAAAGAAGAAGCGCUUCUUGUCGUCCUCAGGACAGAUGCAAACUUUGGGUUCCUCUCUCUCUCCCUAUUCCUCACCCGGGAGGAUUUUAUCUCCAUCAGCUAGCCCCGCCUCCAGUCUGACCCACUCCCGGGAUGGUUCUCAGGAGAAAGACAAGGCGGUGUCCUCAUCCAUAGUAUCCUCUGUUCAGUCCAAAAUAACUCAGGAUCUGAUGGCCAAAGUGAGAGCCAUGCUGGCCACCUCCAAGACCUUCCAAGCCCCCAAUUCCUAAAGAGGACACGGCUUCUUAUUCGUCACGGCAACCUCGGCCAAUCUGCGGGCGGCGUUCUCCAGUUUCUUGGAGAUUUACGUGACCUGGAUCUGUUUCGGCCGUGUUCCUGGAUUCCUAAUUUAAUCUCGAUUUGAGCACCAACAGAUUCAGCCUGGCUGUGUCUUCCGCAGCGCAGCACGAGUGCAGCAAAGGUGCUCGUUAAGGUGAAAUAUCUGGUUUCACACCUGACCUGAGAAAAUCGUUCAUCAGCUGGGAGAUCAUGUCGACAGUUCUUUGAGGGGAGGCUUAAAUAAUGAUAAUGUUAUUUUGCAUCCGUUUGGAGACACGUUAUGUUUCUCCCACGUGCUGACAGUCAUUGUUUGCAGCAUUACCUAAAGCUGCUGGAGGUCUGUACUCUCUCCUUCUAUGAAGGGCUGCUUUGUUUUGAUCAUUUCAUUUCCAUCCACACUCAUCUGCUAUUCUCCGCUGCUGUCUUCCCUCUUAUUUCCUCCCCCAGCUGUCUUCUCUCUCCAGCACCUCACCCGUCUAACUCUGAGAAGCUGUUUUAAAUUUUUAUUCUGCCCCUCAAACUGUCUAGUACGUGGCCUUCUAUUUUUGUUCCCGGUUUGUACUGUAAUGAAUUUAUUGCAGAACUACUUUCUAAUGCAAACAGUAAAUAAAGUUUCAAACGUGAUUUA